UGCAUGGAAAGGAAUUUUAAAUUCUUAAGCUAGUAAAAGCUAGCAAUCCGUACUUUAGAUUAGUAAAUUAAUGAAUAUGACUGCUUUAGCUCUAUCAUAUAGAUCUUUACUAAGUUGAAAUAGCAAAUUCUUCUAUUACCGACGGUAAAAGAAAAGAAAUAAUAUUGAUUACUAUCCCGUCAUCUCACAUUUUCAUCAAACGAUUUUCUAAAAGCAAUAAUUUAUCUUAAAUAUAGUAGCGAAUUUAAAAUUAAGACGUUAUGAGAUUCGAACUAAAAAAGCAAGUUUUGAGACAUAAGUUUAAUUUUAUUUCUAUUUCGUAUAAAAUUUGGUUUAAACUUAUUAUAAUAAAUCUUCUCAAACUUAUCUAACAGCACCAGCAUCCUUAUCUCUAACGUAAGAAUAAGCAAUUCAUAACUCCUCCGACACGUACUCUUUCUUUUCUACAUUUUAUAAGUGGGAAUUAAAGACACACAACAUUAAUGAUGUUGGAACCUUAACGAAACGUAGAACCUUCUGGAAAAUAAAAUACUUUUACGGUUUUACCCCUCCAAAAUUUUUAAGGUACAUUCUCGCGACUUCCUAACUAGAAAUUAGUUAGUGGGUCCCAUGUUUACCCCUCACACCCUAAACUCCAUUUUACCCCUACUAUUAUCAUUCCCUUCUCCUUAUCAACCAUUUUUUUCUUUCAAUUCUCCUUCUAUAUUAACCUCCUACGAACGUUCUAGAACAAAAAAACGAAAACACAGCUUUCUCUCAAUACCUCAUUGGGUUUGGAUCUGUAAUAGAAGUAGCAGUGGAUGUCAUGGUGCCGUCGCCGUUUGAACAAACCGGCGAAUCUACCGCCGGUGAGAAUCAGAAAUCUCUUCCGACGCCAUUUCUGACGAAAACUUAUCAACUCGUCGAUGAUCCUGCCAUCGACGAGUUGAUCUCGUGGAAUGAAGAUGGAACGACGUUCAUUGUUUGGAAGCCUGCUGAAUUUGCUAGGGAUUUGCUUCCUAAAUAUUUUAAGCAUAAUAAUUUCUCCAGUUUCGUUCGGCAGCUUAAUACUUACGGAUUCAGAAAAGUUGUACCUGAUCGAUGGGAAUUCGCGAAUGAUUGUUUCCGGAGAGGAGAAAAAGGACUUCUUCGUGACAUUCAACGCCGGAAAAUCUCACCGGCAGGGACUGCCGUUACUGCGGUUUCACCGACAGUAGCUGUGAAUGCAACACAAGCGGUGACGAUAGCGGUGGCACCGGCAGUGCGGUUGGUAUCUCCGUCAAACUCCGGUGACGAGCAGGUGUUGUCGUCAAAUUCGUCGCCGGCGGCUACUGCUGCCGCAGUGGCGGUGUUACGGACCACCACGUGCACAACGACACCGGAGCUUCUGGAAGAGAAUGAACGGUUGAGGAAAGAGAAUGCACAAUUGAGUCAGGAAUUAAAUCGGUUAAGAAGCUUAUGCAAUAACGUAUACAAUCUGAUGUCGAAUUACACAGGGAAUCCAUCAGAGACACUGGCAGGAAUUCCAGAUGGAAGAGCUCUCGAAUUGCUUCCCGCAGGUCAGGUUGCGGCGGAUAUGGACGGCGGAGCCACCGCUACACCGGCGGAAUGCAGCGGUGUUAAGGCGGAGGAAGAUAUAAGCCCGCGAUUGUUUGGAGUAUCAAUUGGGGUAAAGCGCGUGAGGAGAAGCAGCGAAGAAGAAUCUGAAAGGGAAGGAAGAGUGCAGGAUCAAGUACAGCUGCACGGAUCAGACGUGAAAUCAGAGCCGUUAGAUUCAGGAAGCGGACAUCAUGAUGGUCAGCCGUGGAUAGAUCGAUUAGGCUGAUGAUUAGAUGGAGAACCAAAAAAGACAAAAAUUAAGAAGUGGUCCCCAGUAAUUGGGCCCCACAAAAGCACUUGCUAGAGCAACGAGGAAGAUGAGGAUGUUGAAAAAGAACACGUGUACAUUGAAAGUAAUUAUCAAUGUUGGUUCUGGGAGUUUCUGGAACAGCGAGUGGGUCAUUGUUGUAAAAGGUCACUAUAUUUGAAAACUAUGGUUUACAAAAAAGGCCACAAAAAGCGGUGGAAAAGGAGAAAAAAGGUGGCUUUCAAAAUGAUCCAUAAUUGGAUUGGAAAAUAGGGGAUGGGCUGGCCUAGUUGAAAAAGAGAGACAAAUGUGGGAAAUUAAGUCAAUGUUUUAGUUAGAUGGGACCUAUUUAGGUUGCAAGCUGCAAAAGAAUUUUUGGUUAGAAAAUUGUUUGUACAUAAUUGAAACAAAAUAGUGUUGUAUUGUAAUUGUAACUUAAAGUUCUUAUUAAACUUACUGAUUUUUGUUCUUUUCC